AUGCGUCUAUCGUGGAAUUCGCAAUAUGAGAAGCGACCCUUUAGUUAUGUUUGCCAGCUCGAAGAACAGGUCAAGAUUUUAUCAUCCAAUCGAAAACACCCCCAGGCCGACAGCGAUGCUGGCUCGGGUACCACUCAAUCAAAUAUUGUUGGCCAGAGAGGUGACACGUUGUUGCAACAGGAGCCAUCUCAGGCUGACUGCAUGCAGAUACCUCUUGAUACUCGCGCUACAACUGGGUUCAAAGCCGCACGGGAGUUAGUGACCGUAAACCGUCACACGCGCAGCUUCGAGUUCUACGGCAGUUCCAGUUCAGUUGCGAUGCUGGUACGGAUGGGAGAUACCGGUGACCCCAAAGGUGAAGUUCAAUGCGAAAACGAAGAAUUGCUAGUUUCCGCCCUUCACAACCCAGCCUUCUCUCCAGAACCAAUUGAGGCACUUGUACCAGCAGCAGAAACCGGCACAAGUGCGCAAUCAGUAUCUGUAUCAACUUGUCGACUCUUCGUGGACAGCUUCUUUGCCACGCUACAUUAUAUCCACCCUAUCCUGAAUAAGUCCGCAUUUGUCGCGCGCAUUCUGUCUUUGGGUGCGCUUCUGAGGCCCAAAGAGGAGGAACUUAUUGGCAGUAUUGGCAAUAUGCAACAGAGCAGGAAGUUCUUUGAAGAGGCUCGAAGGCGUUCCAAUCCCUGCAUGGUGAUGGAUCUUGAAUUGGCCAAAGUGUGUCAGAACGAACUCAACCCCAAUUGGGCGUACAUGCACAUCGGCCUGGCCAUAAGGAUAGCCCUUUCCAUCGGUAUCAAUCGCGAGCCACCGCUAAAUUCCAAUAAAGAUCUUGCGUUGCUAAAAGCAGAGUCCAGAACAUGGUGGGGCCUUUAUUUUCUGGAGACCGAGAUUGCCUUUUCUUUGGGCAGACCGGAUACCUUGGGACCAGAUCAAUACCACAAUCGCCACUAUCCUAUAAUUGUUGGAGAUCAUCUCAGUGCAAAAGCACCAUCUGGACUUCUUGAGCAACCGGACUGUGCCAUCAUCAAAUACAUGGUAGACCUCUCAAGAAUUACAAAAUCAAUCUGUCUGGACAUAUAUCUGUCAGACUCAACGCUUGAAGAAAGCGUUAUGUUAGGGGGUCAAAUUGAGCAAGAUCUUGAGUGUUGGGUCGAAAGUUUGCCGUCAGCACUUCGCCCACUCAACCAGACGGGCCAAAGAAGACCUUUGAAAGCUGCAAUAGAGCCUCAAUAUGUCAAGAAACAAAGGCUAGCUACCACCAUACGUUAUCACAACUUGAGAAUCCUCUUGUUCGGCCCCCUAUUGAUGAAGUCUUCGACCACCGAGCACUCGUCUACUAUUGAACUACAAAGGAAAAUCAAAAAUUGCCUCGAUUCGGCUAGGCUCACAAUAGAAAUCAUUUACGAGACUUAUCAGCAUCAGGAAUUCUUUCGAACCUGGUAUUAUAACACGACCUAUAUCAUCUUUGCGGCAGCCAUAAUAUUGGUCUAUAUAUUUCAAGAGGCUGGAGAGAGCGAACUCGAUGCUCUUCUCAAGCUGGUUGAGAUGUCAGUUGAGAUUCUAGAAAUCAUGGAAGAGUCUGUUGUGACGACAAAAGCGGCGAUGCUCAUCCGAAGAGCCCUAUCAAGGGCUCAACGGAGAAAUUCAAAGUCGGACAAUGAUAGCGAAGUCAGUGAAGACGGCAACUUGUUCCCGUUCAAGCAGUCUUGGGGCGCAAUCAGCAUGAAUGACUGUGAUUUAGAUUUUGGCUUCCCUUUCCAGUUCAGGGACCUGGGAGUAGAUCAUUAUUUCGGAGAUCUCAUGGAAUCUCCCUGA